CUGACUAUGGCUUCAAGUCAAGCUGACCUCACAGAGAAUCAAAAUGAUAAAAAUGGAAUUGAUAAUCCAGCAUUCAAGAAUAAAAGGUAACCACAUGUCUUGACCAUGUUACCUUGGAAGCCUAGUUAAAAUUAAACAACUUAAGACACGCGCCCUGCAAAGCCUGAAACCUAGUAAAAUGGCUGCAUAAAAAAAAGACGUCUAUGACUUAUCUAUGACUUAUGGAUGGAUUCUUCACCACAGUAAAAAUCCUCAAAUAAUCUUGGAAAAACCUGAGUAAUCAUUAUCGCUAUUUUGUCUCUAUACAACAAGAAAUUAGUGAAAUAUUUCAUUAUUUACUCAACGCACGUGUAAGUGAUGUUAGAAACUUCGGAAUACGGUUAGUUACGUUUGACAUUGAAGAAAUUUCAAUUAAAAUUAAUUAAUUAAGGACAGGAAUAUUGUCGUUUUAUCAAAAACGUAUUUGGGUUUUGAAAUCGUGCGAGUUUUCAGAUCUUAACGGAAUGACGUUUAUUCUUAACGUCAUUCACUCAGUACUAAGCUCUCUUGGUAGGGUAAACACAAACACUCUCAACGGAAGAGGAAAUUUAUUUCCUGGGCUGGGAAUCCGGAAUCCUAAUAACGUUUUUCACCCCAUAUGACGUUUUAUAAUUGCUAGUUAUUGUUAACUUCUGAGUCUAACACUGAACACUCAAAGUAUUAGAAAUUUUAACUCGUAAACAGCAGUCAUCGUCCUCAUCGCUUCUACUGGUAGUGAAAUUGGAGACAAAUUUUUGAUAUGCAAAUAUUUGCCAUUGCACACAUAUGAUAUGUUGUUGAUCUUUUUCGCUUUCUAUUAUUAAUUGCUCCCCUUAUUUUUUUCUGACAGGUCAAACUAUCAUUGAUCUAUGUCAGUUUUCGAUGUCUUGUGUAUUGUUCUUAAACAGUGAAAACAGUGAUUAGUUAUAUGUAUAUAUAUAUAGCAUAUUUCAGUAACUCGUCCUGCUACCAUGCCUACGGACCAACCCACGUACCGCCCACAUGAACACAAAUAUGGUGACGACGUGGUAGCAUGAUUAUAAUUUGAACGUAAACACCAUAAUGGCGCGAAAAUGAUAUAUUAUGAUUGGCUCUAAUAUAAAAUACGUUCUCGUGGUUGGUUGGAUAACAAUAUCAAACUAUUUUAAUUCAUAUUUGGCGCCUUUCUUGUCAUUUUAUGUAUGGUGGUGUCGCAAUAAACAUUGUUACUUCUCGCAAUCAUAAUAAGUACUCUCAUAUUCGCUGUAACUUGAUCAAUUUCUUCUUCAGAAAGUAUGGCUGAUUUAGAUACGAGUGGGGACAGCUUAUUGCAUUUGUCUUCCAAUUCACCAACUACAACGAUUGAGAUGAAAGAUAAAGAUGAUUAUCAUAAACCAGAAGGAGAACCCAAAGCAGCAAAGAACCUAAUGUAUCACUAUGAAGAAAGAAAACCAUUACCAGAGUUCUUUCGUCAACUCUGGCACAAACAUUGGAUCACAAUUGUUGUUGCAGCCGUGGAUUUUGUAAUCAUCCUCUACAGCAUAAUAGGGAUAACAAAAGUUGGUUUUCAUGAUGCUGCAGGAUUGUUUGGUAUUGGAAUAUUUGUCUGGUUCUGUUUAUCCUUCUCACUUGUCCGUGAACAUUGCGGCAAUGAGCUCUAUAAAUGGCUGAUCCAACCAGUAUUGGAGUGGUUUGAUAAUCAUUGGAAGACAUUAAGAUGGUUUGUGUAUGGUGCAUUACUGAUAGCAAUUAUUGUGUUCCUUUCUGUGGACACAAGAAAGAAACCCAUUCGAUUCUUAUCAGUCCUUGGUCUCUUUAUUUACAUCUUCAUUGGUUAUCUCUUUUCAAAGUAUCGUUCAAAGAUUGUGUGGCGACCAGUCAUCUGGGGUUUGGCUCUUCAGUUCAUCUUUGGCUUACUAAUCCUACGGACUGGUGUGGGAAGAGAUAUCUUCAAGAUAUUGGGAGACCAAAUUAAUAUUUUCUUAGACUAUUCUGAUGCUGGUGCUAAAUUUGUCUUUGGUGAUGCAUUUAAAGUACAUUUCUUUGCUUUCAAAGUGUUGCCAGUUAUUGUAUUCUUCAGUUCGGCAAUAUCAGUUCUGUAUUAUCUGCGUAUAAUGCCUUUGGUUAUCAAAAAGAUAGCUUGGCUCAUGCAUGUUACCAUGAAGACAUCUGGCAGCGAAUCUUUGAGUGCUGCUGGCAACAUUUUUGUUGGACAGACAGAGGCUCCAUUACUGGUUCGACCAUUCCUAAGCACAAUGACAAUGUCAGAGCUCCAUGCCAUCAUGACUGGAGGUUUUGCAACUAUAGCUGGUGGAGUCCUGGCUGCAUAUAUAUCAUUUGGUGUGAAUCCAUCUCAUCUUCUAUCGGCUUCUGUCAUGUCUGCACCUGCAGCAUUAGCAAUCUCAAAACUCAUGUAUCCCGAGACAGAGGAUUCUGAUACAAGAAGCUCAGAUGAUAUUGACAUCCCUAAGAUGAAAGAAGUGAAUGUAAUUGAAGCAGCUGCAAAUGGAGCAUCGAAUGCUAUUCCACUUGUAGCAAAUAUUGCUGUGAAUUUGAUAGCUUUUCUUGCAUUUCUUGCAUUCAUUGAUGCUGUGUUAUCAUACAUUGGCUCAAUGGUUGAUCAUCCUGAACUAAGCUUUAAGUUUAUAUGUUCAUGGUUACUACGUCCAUUUGCCUUCAUCAUGGGUGUAGAUUGGGAUGAUUGUGGUAUUGUGGGUGAACUUCUGGGGAUCAAGACAUUUGCUAAUGAAUUCAUUGCUUACUCUGACCUCAGUGUGUAUAUUGAGAAUGCCAAGAAGAACAAUGGUGGAAGGACAAUCAGUGAACGCUCUCAAAUUAUUGCAACUUAUGCCCUAUGCGGCUUCUCAAAUUUUGCUUCAAUCGGUGUUCAAAUUGGUGGAUUAGGUCCUAUGGCACCAAACAGAAAAUCUGAUCUGGCGGCUAUAUCAAUGCGUGCUCUGCUUGCUGGUACACUGGCCUGCUUUAUGACUGCCUGUGUUGCAGGAAUUCUAUUGUGAAAGGAUGCAAACAUGAAUUGCUCAUUCAUGCCGAAGAAAGAAAAGUUUAAAAUAAAUUGUGACCAUGUUGUGUAAUACUCCCUUGUAAUAUAUUUUUUUACUAUGCCUAUAUGUCCUUUUUCCUGUUCUAGAUGUGCAUUAGCGUGAGAGGCUAGAUAUAUAGCUAUUGUAAAUAUAUUUGAAACUGAUCCUAACAUUCUAAUCCUAGUUAUUAUCAAAUUCUUACUAAUUUGUAGAUAGGAUUUGUAAGUAGACCAUAUCUGAAUAAAUUAUUGUAAUAAUUGAAACUGAAAA